AGUAAUACCUCGUGGCAUGUGAGUCAAUUAGAACCUGGUGGGUGGACAAGUUCUCGAUUUAUGAUGGAUCCAUUCGCUUUGAUACACCAGCCACCUGGAAUUACUUACCACCGGAAAUAGCAGCGACAAGCUUCAAAGAUCAUGGCCCAACACACAACUGGUCUUGGAGAUCUUCCAACAGAAAUUCUGCUAGCAAUCACCGAACACAUCUCACACCACGACAUUACAAGUCUACGACUGACCUGCAGACGACUCUGGUACUCUCAGCUGCUCAGCAGAAUUCGGUCUCACUGGAUAAUAAUCAAUCAUCCAGACCUCGAUACAGAGAUUCACAAACCUGAACACAUACUCUACAGACUGGAAAAAUCGCUACCAAAUCACUCUCUAUGCGAAGCUUGCAUGAAAUUUCACCCCAACCGUACGAUAUUCACACCGAAAGUUACCAACCACUGGAAAAAGUAUAGGCCAUGUUCAAGAGGGGUUGGAUCAUGGUUACACUUCAAAAACUGGAUCUUCCACCUACAAUACGCGGAUGUACAAGCCGUGAUGCACAGACACCGCUGGGGAGUCACUCACGGCGCACCUCUAAACAGUAUCUCCAUAAACACAGACUGGAAGCUGACUAGACGACCAAACCCCCUCUUCGACUCCUUGACAAGAUUGGAGAUCAACCCCUACAUCGAGGAAAAUAUGGUACUGCGCCAGUCCUGCCAACACGUGCUUUUCCGCCACGAGGACCUGAAAGUUAUAAAGAGUGGAAAUUGCAACAUCACACAUACAGCAAUACACUUCUUCCAUGGCUGCAUCCACACGCCGAAACCCCUGCCAAAUGCUACACGGCACUCAAGCAUCUUCCACGACCGUCUUCGCUGUGCAAUGACGGCUCUCAUCGAGACUCUUAUCUUGAGCACCAUCGCCACCACCUUCUCAUGGCGCCACUUUGACGAAUGCGAAUUCUGCACUUGUCAAUUUUCUCUUCACAUACACGCUCACACCCUUGACCGUGAGGGGUUUGUCGAAAUCAUCCUGGAGUCUUGGACAAAUCUGGGUAAUUGCAGGACACCACACUCCUCAGGUUGGAAAAUGGCAGCUUGGCAUGCGCCGGAUAAUACUCGGAUGAGAAGCAGCUAUAUGAGUGCUGGAGAGAAGGUGAAGCAAAAUAUCGGGGUUCCGCGUACUGGGGACAGGGAUUUGACGAGAGGGAGGGGUUGUGAGAGUGGGAUCGGACAUGCAUCCUUGAGUGUGGAGGUGGAGAGAUGGAGGAAGACGAGGGCGAAAUGAUGACCUUGAUAGCUACAUACUGUCAAUAUAAGUUAUCUUGACCUUCUCUGUUCAAACAAAUUUGCGUAAAGGUUUGUGAGAAAGUCUGAUUGUUUAUACGCUGAUCGUGACCUUGUUUGCUA